UUGUUUUUUAUGAUCAAAAACAAAACCCCACCACAAACAAACAAACACAAAACAAAACAAAAGGGUUUUGUUCAGCAGCAGCAUGGAUGUGUUGGCUAGUUAUAGUAUAUUCCAGGAACUACAGCUUGUCCACGACACCGGCUACUUCUCAGCUUUGCCAUCCUUGGAGGAAAACUGGCAGCAGACAUGCCUUGAGUUGGAACGUUAUCUUCAGACAGAGCCAAGGAAGAUCUCAGAGAACUUUGGUGAGGAUUUGGACUGUUUCCUUCACACCUCCUCUCCGCCAGGCUCAGAGGACAGUAUCCGACGGCUGGACCCCAUCCUGUUGCCAGUGGAGACGAGUACCUGCGACAAAAGCACCAACAUGGACCUUAUCCUCUCACGGGACAAGCUGCUGUCUGAGACGUGCCUCAGCUUGCAGCCCACCGGCUCUUCCAUAGAGGGUUACGCCGCUGUCAACCAGGCCCAACUCAACGCAGUGACCUCAUUAACGCCCCCUUCCUCUCCUGAGCUCAGCCGCCAUCUGGUAAAAACCCCACAAACUUUCUCCGCAGUGGACGGCACGGUGACGUUGAAACUGGUGGCCAAGAAGGCGUCGCUCACCUCAGUCAAGGUGGGAGUGGCGGCGGUGGCCGCAGGAGGCACGAUAAAGAGCGGGCAGAAUGACAGCGAGCAAGGAGGGGCAGGGGCCGAGGCAUCCCCGGAAAACAAGAAGAGGGUUCAUCGCUGUCAGUUCAACGGGUGCCGGAAGGUUUAUACAAAGAGCUCCCACUUAAAGGCUCAUCAGAGGACUCACACAGGUGAGAAGCCUUACAAGUGCUCGUGGGAAGGGUGCGAGUGGCGUUUUGCACGAAGCGACGAGCUCACAAGGCACUACAGGAAACACACAGGGGCAAAACCCUUUAAAUGCAACCAUUGUGACAGGUGUUUUUCCAGGUCUGACCAUCUUGCCCUCCACAUGAAGAGACACAUCUAAGUACCUAAAAUCAGUCAGCAUGGCAUAGAUGUCAGCUGAGCUACAAGACAUGGCAUGAAGGGUGGAACUCGGUUAUAACCCGCUGCCUUGCAGAAGAAGAGAACUUGAUCACAUGUAAACCUCUGUACACAGACCACACACUCACACUGUCAUGCACCCAACUAUACUUAAAUACAUACAUCUGUUCUUUAUGCCUUGCCCCAGCUGGAUGGAAGAAGGUGCAGGAGAGGAGAUGGGGUAGAGGUGAAGUCAGUAAGAUAGAACAAUUGCUUACAGUACUUCAUCACCCUUGGAUUUGUUUCCAGCUAUUGCCAGUAGAAAUCAAAGUAAAUGGAAAAGACUUCUCUGCAGAUGGACAGCAAGUAGGAGGGGCUUAUUUAACUCGCUUCUCAAUGCAACUCCAUAGGAGAAUAUGUCGUCUUCAAGUUGCAUAUUUGUAGCACUAACUUUUCUUUUUAAAUAGAUGGGGGGGGGAAUAAUGACCUAGAAAACCAAAUCCCAGUUUGGUAGCCAAAAUUAACCUCUUGGUUCCUUUAUUCUUUGUCCGAGAAUUCCUAAUGCUCGACACGUCAAACUUCUCACAGACCCUUUGAUCUGUCUUGGUUUUGGUUCUUCCUAGAACUGAGCUAUUAAGAUCCUUUUAAGUCAAUACCAAUGGCCUUAAUGGCAGUUGACUGUGGAGUGACACCUGUGACAUAUACAUCAUCUGUUUGGCCUGAGUUUAUGUAGACUUCAUGGAGGAUGAUAUUUUUGUUUGGGUAUUUUUGUGUUAACUUUUUUUUAAGCUAUUGCAUGCCCUAUGCACUGGUAGGGAUUAUGGAAGCUGCUGGCAUGACUGGAAAGCAGCCAAAAGAAGAGUCCCUGAAACACCACGUUAUAUCUCCAUAGGCAUCACCUUAUUGCCAUAGCUAGGACUUCUUGUUUUGUCUAAUGAAAACUUGAAAAGCUCAUGUGGAAGCUUAGACAUUUUAUCUUUUCUCCAUGAACAAGUGAUCUUCAGAACUUCUUUUCUUCACCUGCUUAUCUGUCUUGGACUGGCCAAUCAGGCGUGACUACAGAUUUCCUUCAGCACCAUGUGAGCAUGUUGGCUACAAUCCACAGUGAUUGACAAAUUGUGUUGCGUGUUCUUGUUAUUCUAUUGACCAGUUUAAAACAUUGACUUUUAUUUGUUGAAAGAGCACCUGCAAACAUUUAUUUUCUAAGCCUAACUUUUGGUUAAGCAUCUUACAAAAAAAAAAAAAAAGCCAAAAAUACUACUCCGGUCCCAGAGUGGGAAAGUGAGAACCUCUUCCAAAUAAAGUGGCUUCAUUCAGCAUUAAUCUUUUAAAGUAAAGAUCACAGUCCUCCUUUCCCAUUCAUCAAGGUGAUGGUAUAGCCCACGGAUAUAAAAAAAUUGUAAGAAUAUUUAAAGGGUGAAUGAAGGGUUGGCUUUUGUGCACAGCACUGAGGAUUUUCCAAGUGAUCGGUCUAAAGUAUUGGUAGCAUGGGUCAUAUUCGACCUUCAGUCUGUACCAUCCAGGAUCAAUGGAAGCCUCACGCUCACCCUUGAAUCCUGUAGAUAAUUUGACCAUCUUGGCUCAAAGUGGACUAAAUUUCUUGUUUAAAAAAAAAAAAAAAGUAAUAUAUAUAUUAUAUAAAUACAACUUGCAUUUAUAGCAAGUUGGCACUGGCCCUAACUCCAAAGACUGCCUUUAGGACCAUAUAAAAUGGCCUAUGCAAGCAGGUGGGGUGGUCAUUAGGACAGGUUGUAUAUUUUGUAUAUUCUGGGACCCUCCUUACAAGACACGUCUAGAAAUGAAACAAAAUGGCAUGUGGUCCACAAAUGGUUGCUGCUCUUUUAUACUGUACUAGCCAACUGCCCUCCUUUGACUGUUUUGACUCAUUGACUGUUAAGUAUUUCCCUUUUGGGAUACAAAACUGAACUUUUAAAAAAAAAUCCAUAGCUGUAAAACGUAAGAGCAGUCACUGGAAUCAUUGGUCCUUGCGUUCUCAGCGUUUGCGCAACCUUUGUUCCAGUCAGAGAUUGAAUCUACCUGGAAGAUGUUUAUUUUGCUCACAGUUUUUACAAACACUGACUGUCAGUUGGACACUUUGGUGGCGAAUAUGAUAUCUGGCCCAUACGGCAUGAGAUAUGGACCAAAAUCUAACCAUCUUUUUGGGGGGCAAUGAUGUAACAGUGAAAAAAGUAAGAGCAAAUUGAGUUUUAGUCCAAAGAUUUAAAACUAACUUUACUAUUAAAAAAAAAAAAAAUGACUGGAGCACUGCUUGCUGACAAUCUCGUAGUUCUCAACUUCUGUAUUUGCAUACUUCUUAUGGCCAUUCCAUCCAGGAGUUCAAUUGGGUUCUGAGGGCCCUACAACCCAACUUGUGUUUGACUAUGUGGAGCAUCUUACCAGGAUGUCUCAUGGGAGCUUGAGGAUACUUGAACCUCAGUUGCGUGAAACUAUAGAGCAUCCAUUCAGUGCAUUAGAUAAAAAUAUAGAAAACUCUAGAAGAAGUUCAUUCCCAUAGUAUCCUACAGUACAUGUGCACAUACCCACCACUACAUUAGUCAUUGGCUAUGAACCUGUAUAAAUGUUCUCUUCAGAACUCUAGGUACUCCUGCCUCUAGAAAUGUUACUAAUAGUCCAGAAGACUUAAUAUUAAAGGCAAUUUAAGUACAAGGCUCUAUUUUAAAAAUGAAAAAAAAAUUGAAAAGAAAAUGUUUGCUUCCUCUUGUCACUUGAGGUCUUGUUGACAUCUCAUUUAAAAUAUAGCAGAACAAGGGCCCUUUUGAUAAAUAUCAAAAAUUUCUGAAAUAUUUGGAAACUCUUGUCUCUACAGAUAGGGCUAGAGGUGUUCUACAGACCUCUAUUAGUUUCCUCCAUAUUAAAUUCUAUAGGACUUUUCUAUUAGGAGAGAAGUCUUCGAAAAGAAAAAAAGUUAUGGAAGUCCCAGUAUGACUCUGUCAGCAGACAUUACUGUACCAUGCAGCCUAUCCCUAUGUCUUGGGUCCUUACCCGACACAUUGGAGUUAAAUUCCAUUAGAUCUAAAGUAAUUUACAUCACUCUGCAUAUGCACAUUAGAAUACUAUCUUUCUUCUCAUUGGCAGCAGGCUUC